AUGAACCAACAGCCAAUUUCCUGGCGUCGUAUCGAUGCUUUAGAUACCAACUUCAAUAUCGCCGCUGAGAUGAAUCACGGAAAACCCAAAACACUCCACAAGCGGAUACACUUCCUCAGGCGUGAGGGCUCUGGCAAGAAACAUCAAUUUCUGUCGGAAGAAAAAAUGCCUGCAGGACUUGCAGAUGCCGUGGGCUGGUUCUGCGAGACUGAGCCCGAGCGACUAUUAGACGAUGAAAUGUUCAUUACGAUAGUCGAGGAGAAUGACUCUCGGAGAAUAGAAGCACGAUCUCCAAAGUGUCGUCCUUUUCAUCGUCAAAGCAAGGGUCCAAAGCCGAUGACAAGAGGAAAGCGAUGCUGCCAUCUUUACCAAUUAACAGCAACAGACGUCGUGUCGUAUGACUGUCGCUGGUGUCUGUUCUCUACGUUCAAUGUUCAGACUGCCAAUGCACCUACCAUACCGUGA